AUGCCGAUGCCAAUCGACUGCUUGGCAUCACCUCCCGCCGUUCGCACCCGAUCACCGUGGAUUCGCCGCCGUUCCUCGAUGCUCCCCGUUAGCCUAGACGGAGCUGCUUGCUAUCAGCCCUCCCGCUUUAUCGAGGAAUGGAUUGAGCACCUCGAAAACUCCAACUGCGAUCUAUACUUCGACUCAUAUCUCGAACAGGCGGCCCCGGCGAUUUCCAUAUCCAUCAUGUCGCGCACGCCGAGCCCGCAGAAGCGCAAAGCGACUCACCCGGACCCCGAUGCAACACCGACCGGACCUGCAUUCACCAAGUCCACCAUCGAUACGGCGAGUGAGUCGUCCGAUGUCGUGUCUUUCUCUAGUAGCCGCUCCGGCGCCUCGAGCCCGAAGAAGCGCGAAGCCGAGCUGCGCGCCGAUCUCCGAUAUCCCCUCCACAGACAACACAUCUCCAGCCUCCAACAGCCCACCGCCUUGAUGACCGACUUGAUGGAUCUAGAGGAUGGCCCGGUCAUCCCCAGCAGUGUGCGCGAACUGAUGACUCGAGAUUCCACCUGGUCCAAUCGACCCAAGGCGGCAUGGUUUCACAGCCAGGUUGCGCCACCGCGCGCCGAUGCGCAGAGCCCCAGCCAUGCGUCCCUUGACGGCGACACCUAUACCUACAUGAGGCUCGCGGAGAUUCGUGAGAACACCAUCCUCUGCAAGACUAGAAUGGAACACGAGGCCGGUUGGAAUGGCGCCGUGCACGCCCCUCUGUUGCAAGUCGCUCUGCGAAGCGAGCCGGAAAUCUCCCAUCGCAAUGUUUCCAGUACAACGUGUCGAAUUUUGCCAGCCUUCCGAGAGUCGAAUCCCUUCCUCACCGACGUCAAGAUCGACUACGCUUUCUUCCUCGAGCCCGCCCCGGAGAAUCCCCUCGCGGCGGCUCUCCAGGCAUACCGCCAGCCCAACCCGCACGCCCGUCAUGUCGCUCUCGUUCAGCUGCCCGACAACCCCAACACCCCCGCCGCCAUCCCGGUCGAGACUAAGAGUGCGAGCGCCGACGCCGUGCUGGGUCCCGUCCAGCUGGCCACCUGGGCCCGCGCCCACUUCCGCCACCUUGAGAGCCUCCCCUCCGCCGCCGACCUGCCGCUCCUGCCCGUCAUCUUCGUCCACGGCGCCACCUGGCGCGUCGACUUUGCGCAGCGCACGCACGACAAGCUGAUCAUGUGGGAAGGGUUCCUGAUGGGGUCCUCGGACGAGAUGUACGGCUGCUACAAGAUUGUGGCGCACCUCCGGCGGCUGGCCAGAUGGUCGCGGGAGGAGUAUGGUGCCUGGCUGCUUGGCGCGCUUCAGCCCGACCUGGAGGGGAGCGACACUUUGACUGCAUGA